AUGACUAAACAGAACGCAACUCUGUCGACACAAAGGGCAACUAGGAAUUCGUCGAAGGCGCUAGAAGCCACUAAACAGACGGUGGUCCGGGAAGCUCCGGUUGAUUAUCUGAUCAAAAAUGACACGUCCUUCCACGGAGAAGAGGAGGAAGAGACUGAAGGAGAAGGCGGUGAAGGAGAAGGUGGUGGAGAGUACGUGGAGAAUGAAGGAAGGGAAGAGGAGGAGUUAAUCGAAGAAGAACCCAAAAUGGUUCAGCCUAAAGCACCAAUCAAACUGGUCCUCAAAAUCGGACGCUUCGUGAAUCUAAGUCAGUCCCGGGAAGCUUCGGAUAGUGAUUCGUCGGCAGAAGACUCUGUUGUCGAAGAGCAUUCAAAGAAGCAUGUCGCACCGGUCUCGAAGAAGAGGUCAGGCGACUCGUCCAAGAAGGACAAGAAGGAGAAAGGAAAGAGCUCUGAACGCCUAGCUUGGCUAGAGGAGAUAGUUCAGGAGGUGAAAAACGGUCAUCUCAAUCGGGUGAAACGUCUCCAGAAGCGCUUCUAUGACAAGUACGGUGAAGUCAACACCUCGAGCUCAAAGGAGAAGAAAGGAGUGAAAGGCGGAGAAGAGAGAGCUAGAAAGAAGCUAUUGAAGCAGAAGAAGAAAGAGGCGACUCACAAAAAGAAGAAAGGGAAGAAGAGAACAGCUCCAGACUCGUCCUCUUCAGACUCAGAUUCAGCCUUGUCUGCAAAAGACUCUGACUCUGAUUCUCCAGCUCCAGCUCUAGCGAGUUCUUCGGAUUCUUCGGACUCUGAUUCGGCGAAGUCCUCCUCCUCUUCGGAUUUGGCGAGGAGUGUUGUUAAAUCUAAGAAGUUGAAAUUCAAACGCUUGAAGGUGAAGGCUUACGACCUACCUAAUCUUCCCAAGAGGUGGGCAAAGCAUUUCAAGAAGAUGAACGAUUACGUUCCGCUCUCGAUCUUCUUACGAGAGAACGUCAAUAGCUUCGGUACUUCAGACCCAACGGUUCUCAACCUGGCCAGCGAGAGAGCACUGCGCAACCUGGAGAUCGAAAGAGAUCAUCCCGGUGAGAAGCGCAAGAAAAAGGAGGAGUCUUACAGCUACGUGUGCUUACCGGAUGGCCUCCAGCCGGACAUUGAGGCAAUUGCAAAGUGGCAUUGCGACUCAGCGGGUGAUACGGUCUACACCUCAGGAAACCCGUACGCUCUAGGGGGGGCCAAGUUUGGCUUCAAUUUUGCCACGGGAAAACCUCGCCCGUUGUCAAGCCAGUCAAAUCCGAAGGCGUCAGGCUCGGCGGGAAACCAGAAGAACGGUCCUGGACAAUGGAAGACCAGGAGUCGAAACAGGGGGAGAUCCCAGAGAGGAGCGUUCCAGGGGGGGGGCUAA